GCGUGCCGUAAGCAAUGUGCAUGAAGAGGAGGAAUGGAUGCAUCAAGGACUCCGCCGCUACAGCAGCCAAAAACGUCCUCAAGAGUCCUCCAACCACCAGGAGGGAGCAGUUCCAUAUUUCUGGGAGAAGACCAACCCACAGAGGAGGCCAGCAGCCAGCAGCCAGUUCCCUCCAAAGAAGCCUCUCCUGCUGGAGAAGACAAACCAUGCCAUAAGGGACAACGAGCAUCAUCUCGCGCUCUCCACCCUCCUGGAGGACACUCCAGCAUAUCUUUUGGCUGGAACUAGUCACAGACUAACAAUUUGGCUGCUCAAUUAUCAUCAUUUCUGUGAUUACUGAUCGAAUGUCC